CCAGACACCCUCCUCCCAACAUGUGCACUCUUUGCUCUUUUGGUCUGCAUGCUCGUCCUGUCACAGCACACUUGACUGACCUCCUUCAACUUACAUUUUUCUUGUUCUUCAGCUGAGAGACACAGUUGUGAAGUCUCUGGAGUUCACCUAAGAGGAUGCCAAACGUGAAACCGACAUAGAAUGUGAAUGAGUCGUCCAGCAAGAGUCAACUAACCUUUACCAAACUAGGACAGAGUAAAACAGUUGAAUUUCUAACCAUUCAAGAAAUGAUGAACAGUACAACGAAACCCAACUCGACUGGAGCCUGUGUCAAAAUUGGCGAGAGCGCUAUCAGUGACUUCUUGAUGUCAGUGUACAUUUUGGCUUUUAUAUUAGGUUUGAUUUUUAAUUUUUUAACUUUGGGCCCUAUCAUCCAACAAGUGUGGCGGAAGAAUGUGCUUGGGAUCUUCUUGUUAAGCCUGUCCAUCUCUGAUCUGCUCUUCAUCUUUACCAUGCCCCUCUGGAUCAACUACUAUAAACAAGAUCACCACUGGAAGUUGGGGCCACUCUCAUGUAGCAUUGCAGGGUUCUUUUAUUAUUCCAACAUGUACAUUAGUAUCUUUUUGCUCUGCUGUAUCUCUGUAGACCGCUGCCUCGUGGUCACAUACCCCCUUCGCUCCAAAACCCAUCGGACGUCUUGUUACGCUUGGCUUCAGUGCUUGGGAGUAUAUACCAUAGUAACGCUACUGCAUGGUAUGGUGCUGUACUAUGAUGACUUGUCCGACGCACACGAUGAAGUCAACGGCAAUGACAGGUGCUACGAAACCUUCCCAAUGACAGAUGCUAUUGUUUUGUUCAACAUGAUCAGGGUAGGAAUUGGGUUUGUGCUCCCCCUACUGAUCCUGGCCCUAAGCUACUGGAAGAUACUAGCCACAGUGGGGCAGAGUCCUGGUUUAAGCGUUCAAGCUAAAAGGAAAGUGAGAUUGUUGUCGUUUGGUGUGAUAGGCAUCUUCUCCGUCUGUUUUGCGCCCUAUCACAUCCUCCUCCUUGUACGCUCUUUGGUUUUCUAUAACAGCUCAACCACAGAUUACAGCAGUAGUUAUUGUCAGUUCGAGCAGAAAAUGCACUUUUACUUUUCUUGCACACUGGCUCUGUCUAGUCUCAACUGUGUGGUGGACCCGGUGCUGUAUGUAUUGGUCAGUAAUGGGGUUCAGAACGAAGUGAAGACCUGUUGUAGCAGAAAAACAAGGUCAGAGGCUGAGGAUUGUGUAUUGACAGCACAGAUGAGCAAAUGUAAAAAUAUAGAUCAUACAUGAUAUUAUAUUUAUAUAAGAAUAUCCAAUAAAAUGUAUAUAAAAUAUCAAAUAUAUAAUAUAAACCUAAAAAUACAUUGCAUUUGCAUGUUCUGUCUGUGUGGGCAAGCUUCUUCAGUGAGUUAUUCCUAUCAACAUGGCAUGCUGCUCACUAACAGAUUACAGUGGCUGGGUAAUCUGAUGGGUCAAAUAACAGCAAAGUUUCCUAAUGAGCAGUUCUCUCCAAAUGCUACCCUCUCUCCAUUUGUCUUGGCUUAGGACUGACUCAAGGCUGUAUUAAUAAACAUAUGUUGGGAUCAUAGCCAAAUAAGGGUUGCUCUGUCAGACACUUGUUUGUAUAUUCAAAGUGUUGCUAUGAAUUAUGUAUGGCAAACCUCAAUCUCGGACUUAAUGAAGGAGAAGCAGGACUGUUUGCAAAACACAAAGCCUUUAUGCAGAGACAAUCAAGCUCCUGAGAGACACAGCAUGGCUGCCAGUGGCUCCAUCAGAUUGUGCUCAAAGCUGAAGAGAUGUUUGAAUAACAUGCAUCUGAGUAAUUAGAUUGCAGUCCCAGGUUUGAUCGUCCCAAGUGCUGUCCAGUGGCAGUACUUGCACUUGUAGACUGACACAGUGAUAGUUGAAGAGCUCUUGUGUUUUUCCUUCCAAUCUGGAUGACAAUAUUCUGUCUGUGAUUGUGUGACCCUGCUGCAUCUAAGAGGUACAUUACGGCAUGCGCUUCAGAAGCACUUUUAGCAUCACAGUGACUGUGAAACAAAUGAACUACUGUUAAGUGUCUUUAGUCUACAAAUA